GAGAGCCUUCAGUCGGGACGAUUACGGAGGCUGGAUGGAUUCGCUCUGCGCGCGCUCAGCCUCUCCCUCUCUCCAGCUUUUGUCUGCUCACACAGCCCACUGUGCGUCCUGCAGCCGCCUCUCUGCGUUUAAUCCAAACAUUUACUCCUGUCCUACUGGUGAAUCAGAAUCGUCGAGACCGUGCUGACCGUGCAUUUUCUGGUUGCGUGGAAACUAAAAGCCUUCUCGCCCCUGAAGAGGUGCAGCAGCUUUCUAAAAUUAUUUUUGUUUGGAGCCAACGGCGCGUCGCGGUUCCCGGAGCUGCACAAGUUAAACAAGAGGACCGGUGCACGAAUCAUGGAGCGGAGAGGAAAAGCAGCCUUAAAGACGUGAGUGUUCCAUUGUAACCAGGGAGGUUGAUGUGAGCUUCCGUCCUCGGCUCUGGUGGUUUUCCGUGGAGCAUGCCCCAAUUCCACAAUGCCCCUGCUUGCAGACUGGCUGCUGCGCCACUCGGUGGUCAUGUGUUUGCUGCUGCACAGUUUGGUUUUAAUGACGUUCUGCUUCCAUCACGCCGCCACCACCUGUUCCAAGAGGUGCUACUGCUCUGAGAGCGAGCUCGGUGGCAAGACGGUUCGCUGCAGCAACCUGCAGCUGACGGAGAUCCCAGAGGACAUCCCCAACGACACGCAACAUUUCUAUCUGGACUUCAAUCUCCUUACCUCGGUUCCAACAAACGCCUUUGUGGGUUUAACCCAUUUAGUUGAACUGGAUCUAUCCCACAAUGAGCUGAGCCAGCUAGAACUCGGAGCGUUCAGAGGCCUCAGCUCCUCUUUACAGUUCCUAGAUCUGUCAUCAAACAAGUUAAAAAAAUUUAACCCUGACGCUUUUGAGGGUUUGCGAGCUCGUGCCAACCUCACAAACAAUCCAUGGCAUUGUGACUGCAAUUUGCAGAUGGCGCUGCCUCGUGUGGACUUGGAGCCUGCGUCACUGACUGGCAUCGUGUGCCAGACUUCCAAUCCAGAGGAAAUAGGAGUCAAAGGACUCGCCUUUCUGUUGGCACCAGACAUAGACUUGUGCAAUGUGAUGAAGAGGACUACAGAUGUGGCCAUGCUGGUUGUCAUGUUUGGCUGGUUCACUAUGGUCAUCUCCUACCUGGUCUACUAUGUUAGAGCAAACCAGGAGGACGCACGCAGACACUUGGAGUAUCUGAAGUCACUGCCCAGCAGGCAGGGCAAGUCCGAGGAGUCCUCCACUAUUAGCACUGUGGUGUGAGGCUGCAACUUAAAGUGCAUCUCAUAGUGAACAAAGCUUUUGGUAUAACCCACACCUACACCAUUUUCAUGAGUUUCAGUUGUGCUCAGCGUUGCCACUGAGCCAAGUUGUGCAAAAAUAAACAUGCGUCCAGAAACCCUGGCAGAUGUAAGAUGGUGCAGAUGAAUAAUUCAACCUUCAGCAGACCAUUAGGACAUUUUGUUGGCAGAGUUGAUGGCCUCGUCAGUGCGCUGAGGGAAUAAAAGCAGUGGCAUAG